AUGGCGUCUACGCACUUGGUCGUCUCCCUGGUGUUGACGCUGUCCUGGCCUGUCCGAUGGUUGCGCCACGGCUCGUACUUCGGCGCGUGGGCCCAGGCGGCCGCCUCUCCUGCUACUGAUGCUGCGGCUCCAGCAUCGCUCUUGUCUACCGGGCUGCGGCUGCGGGUCUUGCUGCGCUCCUUCUCAGCUGCUGUGCGUCUUCCCGACUGGAGCAUGUUCUGCAUCUGCGCCCUGGCCGCUGCGGCCUUGGCCUUGGUGGUGCGGCUGGAGAAGUUCUGGGUGUCGCAGCCCUUGCAGUUCCACGAUGUCGCUCCGUCGCCCUGCUGCGGGGCAGACGACGAUCUUCCUUUCUUGUCGCCCUUGGCCAUGGCGGUCCGCGGCGGCGCCCAGCCGCAGCAGCGUGCGAGCCCAGGCUCGCUGCCGCCGCUGGCGCUGGGGGGCGCCAGCGGCGGCAGCGGGAUCGGGGGCGCGGGGGCCGCGCCGCCCGUGGCCGCGCGCGCUCUGGCGCCGCAGAUCAACAUGGUCAAUGCCAGCAACACCAGCAAGGCGCCUUCGCUGCGGCGGCAGGCCCAUGAGCCGGCGGCGCCCUUGCGGCUGCCUUUGGGCAGAAGGAGGCAGCAGCUGGGGCUGGAGGCCUUGCCGGAGAUGCAGGGGACCGAGGAUGCGGAAGAGGAGCUGCUGGAGGAGUCGCCAUGCCGCACACCAGUCUUGGAGUCCCCGGACCCAGACGUCGCGGAUGACUCCUCGCGGCAGGUCAGCAGCAGCAGCGGCGGCGGCAGCAGCCUGGCGGACAGCCUCAGCACAUCCGCGAGCCCCCGACGCGUGACAGGCGGCGACAGCGCGGAGAGGGAGGCUUCUCGCGCUGCCGUCAAGCAGGAAAUGCAGGACAUCGCGUCGCAGCAGACACGAUCGCUCGCAGCGGCUGCAGACUGCCAUCAGAUCCACAGCGCGCCUCCUGGCGGGAGCAGCCACGAGGCACCCUCAGCGAGAGUAUUCGCCCAGGUGAUCAACCUCCCUGGCACGGGCAGUGAGACAGAAGAGGGAGCAGAGGGCCACCAUGACUGCGCGCCAGCGGUCGCCGAGCCGCCGCGAGCCAGGGAGGGCGCCGGACAGCCAGACGGCGCUCGGUGGGCGGCCUUUGUGGCAGCAGCUGCUGAAUCACGGCAUCCCGGCGCGCCCUCUGACGUGGACCAACAGGCCACGGACGCAGAGAGCAGCUUGGCGGCCUUUGUGGCAGCGGCUGCUGAUGCCGGGGCCCCUGGUGCGCUCUCGAACGCGAGCUCGGAGGGCGUGGAGGCGGACAGUGGCGGAAAGGCGCCCGAGGAGGCAGUGGCCGCGCGGAGUUCGCUCGGGCCGUCGCCCAGCAUGGACUCGCGCGGCACGUGCGAGGAGAGUGCCGAAGCCCUCCAGGCCCCGCCCGCCGACGCCGCGCCGCUCUGCGGUGGGGGCGCGCGGCAGCCACCCCGAGGCACCGUCAUCGGGCUGCUGGGUCCGCGCCCUCCGGCGAGGUCUUCUGGCAGGUCUGUUGGGAGGUCUGGGAGCGACCUGCGCUGCCGUCAAUACUGCAAGGCGGCGGAGGAUCCUCCAGCUAUGGCGAAG